ACGGUGGCGCCGAACCGGGACGACAGCCAGUCGAGUCGAAGCGCCGCAGCACCGCGUGGUCGUGGUCGGUCGAUUAGUCAGACGGUCGAGCCGAGUCGGUCAGUUCGAGGGUACGGGACGCCCGCGCAAGGAUUACAUCUCACGCAAGGGAAAAGGAUGGCGCUCUUCCGCUUCACCCCGAAACGCUGCCUCGACGUUCAGAAAAUAACAUCAGCAGUCUUUGUGCGGCAGCUCACCGAUGCGUCCUCCGAUCUUAAGAAGGUUCUUACCGACAGGAUCCCGAAAGAGCAAGAACGAGUCAAAGCCUUCCGUAAAGACCAUGGAUCUACCAAAGUCGGAGAAGUCACCGUUGACAUGAUGUACGGCGGUAUGCGUGGCAUCAAGGGCCUCGUGUGGGAGCCGUCGGUGCUGGAUCCGGAGGAGGGCAUCCGUUUUCGCGGUAAGUCGAUCCCCGAGUGCCAGAAACUCUUGCCGAAGGCGUCCGGUGGCGCGGAACCGCUGCCGGAGGGUCUCUUCUGGCUACUGAUCACCGGCGACGUGCCCACGGACGCGCAGGUGCGGGCCGUAUCGCAGGAAUGGGCGAGCAGGAGUUCGUUGAGCAGGAGUUCGUUACCCGAUCACGUGGUGAAGGCCCUCAACAACUUCCCCAAGACUCUACACCCGAUGACGCAAUUCUCGGCGGCGAUCACGCUGUUGAACAGCGAGAGCGAGUUCGUCAAGGCAUACAACAAGGGCGUACACAAGAGCAAGUACUGGGAGAGCGUGUACGAGGACUCGAUGAAUCUGAUCGCCAAACUACCAGUGGUGGCCGCCACUAUCUACCGUAAUCUCUACAAGGGCGGCAAGGGUCUGGGCUCUGUCGAUGCCGGCAGGGAUUGGUCCUGGAACUUCGCCAACAUGCUCGGUUACGACAAUCCGCAAUUCAUUGAGCUGAUGCGCCUCUAUCUGACGAUCCAUUCGGAUCACGAGGGUGGUAACGUGUCCGCUCACACCACCCACUUGGUGGGAUCUGCCUUGUCGGAUCCGUAUCUAUCCUUCUCCGCCGGUAUGAACGGUUUGGCCGGGCCGCUGCACGGUUUGGCCAAUCAGGAAGUGCUGGUGUGGCUGCAGAAGCUACGUGGUCAGGUCGGCGACAGUCCGAGCGACGAUAAACUCAAGGAAUUUAUCUGGAACACACUGAAGAGCGGUCAAGUUGUGCCCGGCUACGGACACGCCGUUCUUAGGAAGACCGAUCCGAGGUAUACCUGCCAGAGGGAGUUCGCGCUCAAACACUUGCCGGACGAUCCGUUGUUCAAGCUUGUUGCACAAGUAUACAAAGUGGUGCCUCCGGUCCUGCUGGAGACCGGCAAGGUGAAGAACCCAUGGCCGAAUGUGGACGCGCACUCGGGCGUGCUGUUACAAUACUACGGCAUGAAGGAGAUGAAUUACUACACAGUCCUAUUUGGCGUGUCGCGCGCCUUGGGCGUGCUCGCCUCUCUUGUUUGGGAUCGCGCUUUAGGACUGCCUAUCGAGAGGCCUAAAUCGCUCAGUACCGAUCUCCUUAUGAAAACCGUCAAAGCUUAAGGAUCGUCUCUUACCAAACCGACGAUUAUCAGCGUCACCUCGGAGUCUCGUUGUCCCGGCCUCGACUUUGUUCGAGCGUCGGCCGCGGCGCCGCGGAAUUUUGAUAGGAUAUCAUUUUGAUACCGAUCUCGCGACGGAAUCACCUCAACGAGCCCGCGCCUUAUCGAGCGAACGAGAACGCGAAUGGGAGAAAAAGAAAGAAGCGAGAAAGUGAGUGAGCGAGAGAGAGAGAGAGAGAAAGAGAGAGAGUGUGUGAAAGAGACACAAGGCUAGGUAUUAAACACGACAAAUAAUUACAUCUAGUAAUGUAUUAUCUAAAUGUAGAAUUAUUAAGAGCAGACACAUCAAUGUCCCGCGUCAACGAGGCGGAGGUUCCCGUUAAUUCUUUUCCUGCUAUCGAUAAUUUCGAAUAUGAGCGACAACAAACAUAUUACACAAGUACAUUAUGAUAAUUAAUUUUAUGAGUAUAUGAUAAAAUUGUUAGCAUAAUGUGAUUAUUGUUUGUUUUGUUUAACUUAUGAAGUAUCAACUGCUGGGACAGACUUAAACGUAGAUCACCCGUUGUAAUAGCCUACGUUAUUCUCGCAACGUAGCUGCUUGUACAAGUGGAAACGUAGAUUGGUCCAAUAGUAAAAAAACUGCCAAAAUUGCGAGGAAACCUAAGACAGCGCAAGAAAUCCGGAAGGUAACUUAAACGUCUAAAUAUUGAGAUUUUUAGAUAUCUCAAAAUAUUUCUUGGGUGUCUAAGGAUAUCUUCUGGAACUUGUUAUUUAUAGAAACACACACAUACACACAAGAUAGACAAAUGCAUCAGAAAUAGGUAAGGCAUUAUUGUAAAUAAAGUCAUCGCUCAAUACAAAGCAACAUGUUGACUACCGCUAGAAAUUUAGAAAAAAUGGCGUAAUGUCUACGGCGAUAAUGUUUAGACCAGUGACUCGACAGUCGCUAGAUUCAUCGUGUAGGCAACAUUAACGUUCAAAAAACAUCGUCGAGGCGUCUAAAAGAUAUCCAAACGACAAACGAACGUUAUUUGUCAUCAUUUAGACAUGAAAAUGAUGUCUUUAAUUGAUAAUUUGAUGUCAAAAUAAUGACAAAUAAAUAUUUUAAUCUGGAUCAAGCGUCACUUUUGACGACUUUUUAGCACUUUUAUGUCGCCCGGGACAUGUAGUAGCAUGAAUUAAUUAGAAAUCGUAAUGCAUUAUUGUUUCGUCUCAUCGUAUGAGAAAUGCACUGCCCCCGGGUAUCACAUUUCUUUUUCGAUCGGGUGAUUCUUUCGGAAAUUUAUCGGAUUUUCCAGCGGCAGAAAACGGUAUCGAAUUUUCGCGAUUAGAGGAUAGAUUUUCAAGGCAAUAGUCGGCAAUGGAACGCCGAAAAGGCGAACGUGCCAAUUAGCUCAUGAAACGUAGAUCUCCCGGCCGUUAGUUUACAGUCCCCUCUCACCUUCCUCAGGAAGUUUAUUCUAACUGAUUGUUCUUAGAAUGGCGAAAGAAAUGCUGUUGCGCGAGUUGCAGUAGUUGCGGAAUACUUAAUAGCGAGCAAUGACGCAGAGAGUGAACAUACUUAAAAAUAGCGUUUAUAGUUUCAACGGACAGCUACUCGCGGUCGCAUUGUAAGGAGAGAAACCCGCCGCAAUUCAGCGUAAAAUUAAGGAGCAUGACCAGUGGUGGACCCACUGUAAUAAGAAUGAAUGAGUGUGUGCAUAUCUUAUUUAUAACGAAUGUGAAAAUAAAUGGAUCAAAAGGCAACCGUGACAAAUCCUUUUUCCUUCGCGGGACUUGGGAUUCGCAGAGCGUCACAGAUGCUCUAUCGAGAGUACGCGUAACACUGUAAGAGCCGACGAAUACUAUCACUGAAUAUUCUAUCGAAAUACCGAAGAAAACUUGGGAGAACAUUCAACGAGACUUUGAGUCAACAUUCAAUAAGGCGUUGUAAAUUUUAACGUUAAGCGAAAUAUGCUUAAAGACAAUAAAAAAAACUUACUAGGUUCUGCACUGCACUAGUCAAUGAAUAAAUAAGAAAUUGAACAGUUGAUGAACAAAUAACAAAAUAUAAUUACAUUUUCAAGUAAAAAGUAUUUUAAUCAAGUCAUACGAAAAUUAGAUAUAAAAAUUAUCAAUUAAUUUGCAAUUUACUAUUUUGAAGUUCUAUUAUCUUUUACGAAAAAGUUAAUUAAUGUGCAUUUUCCCCAAUACAGAACUAUUAAUUUUAAUCUCAGUUUAACUUACUCUUUGUUUUUUUGUUUCCUUCUUGGAAGGAGAGAUAAGGAUAAAGAAUUAGUUAAACCGAGAUCAAGGUUAAUCUAUGUUGGUGGAAAUGGACACAAGAUUUGGUGGAAAUGGACUCAAGAUAAAAUUCAAAUACAAGCAAUAAAAAGCGGCAAAUAAGUCUAGUGCGGUGACAGUGCGUAUAAUUAUAUUUCACAUUUUAAUAAAAAUUAUUAAAACAUUGUA